GGGGCAGGGUUCGGAGUCACGGCCCACGCGUCCCGCAGCGCAGACACCGCGGGGGCCGGGUUAAAUGCUGUACCUCGGGGAACAGGAGCGUGAAGGCUAAUUAGGACAAGUCGGAACAAGGAACAGGGACACGGAAAGGGGAGGCGCGCUCAGAGUUGGGCCGACUCUGGGGGGCAGCGUCGCAGCAAACCCAGGCGCGGGGUAGUCAUCUCCCGGGCGACCUUUGCCCACCAUCCUGGGUGGUUCUGAGCUCAGCCCAUCGUAUGAGGGGCGCGCACAGUGGUGUUCUCACGCACACUUGGUGGCCUGGGUGCUGGGGAAGGACCACGCGUGCAAGAGCGGACGCGCGGUGUGUGGUGCGUCCACGUGUGCAAGCUCGGGGCGAGGAGGGGGCGCAGCGGGCGUGACAAAGGCGGACUUUGUGUGAGAGUGCGCCUUCCUCCAGCCCGGAGCAGCGAACUGUGGCCGGCGGGUGUCUCACGGGGGAGCCCGGACGAAGGUGACAAAGGCCAGAUGGACGCCACGGAGAGACGCACCCAGGCGGCCCCCGCGCGUAUCUGUGCGCCCGCGCGCUAGAACAUGCGAGGAGGGAGGGUCCGCCCGCGAGGUGCGCCGGGUGGCACCCCCAAACUGCUUUCCGGAGAGAAAGCCCAGUCCAGAAAGUGAGCGCGCGUGAGUGUGCGCGCGCCCGCAUGCGGGGGCGUGGCAGUAAACAGCAACAACUCACUUGCCAGCGCUGCCAGAAACUCCCGAUCUCCCUCCUGGGCCGGAAAGUGCGACUCGCCGGAGCCUGGAGGGACCCGUGGGAGCCGGCCUGGGAGCCAGGAUGGCCAUCCACAAAGCCUUGCUGACGUGCCUGGGACUGCCUCUCUUCCUGUCCCCAGGGGCCGAGGCCCAGAACCAUGCGCCACCUGGCUGCAGCCCGGACCUCAACCCCCUCUACUACAACCUGUGUGACCGCUCUGGGGCUUGGGGCAUCAUCUUGGAGGCCGUGGCUGGGGCGGGCGUCGUCACUACUUUUGUCCUCACCAUCAUCCUUGUGGCCAGCCUCCCCUUUGUGCAGGACACCAAGAAGCGGAGCCUUCUGGGGACCCAGGUGUUCUUCCUGCUGGGAACCCUGGGUCUCUUCUGCCUCGUGUUUGCCUGCGUGGUGAAGCCCGAUUUCUCCACCUGCGCCUCCCGGCGGUUCCUUUUCGGGGUCCUGUUCGCCAUCUGCUUCUCCUGCCUGGUGGCCCACGUCUUUGCCCUCAAUUUCCUGGCCCGGAAGAACCACGGGCCCCGGGGCUGGGUCAUCUUCAUCGUGGCUCUGCUGCUGACCUUGGUGGAGGUGAUCAUCAACACGGAGUGGCUGAUCAUUACGCUGGUCCGGGGAGGAGGCGAGGACGGCCCUCUGGGCAACGGCAGUGCCGGCAGGGCGGCGGCCUCCCCGUGCGCCAUUGCCAACAUGGACUUCGUCAUGGCGCUCAUCUACGUCAUGCUGCUGCUGCUGGGGGCCUUCACGGGGGCCUGGCCCACCCUGUGUGGCCGCUUCAAGCGCUGGCGUAAACACGGGGUCUUCGUGCUGCUCACCACGGCCACCUCCAUAGCCAUCUGGGUGGUGUGGAUUGUCAUGUACACCUACGGCAACCAGCAGCACAACAGUCCCACCUGGGACGACCCCACGCUGGCCAUUGCCCUCGCGGCCAAUGCCUGGGCCUUUGUGCUCUUCUAUGUCAUCCCUGAGGUGUCCCAGGUGACCAAGGCCAGCCCAGAGCAAAGCUACCAGGGGGACCUGUACCCCACCCGGGGUGUGGGCUACGAGACCAUCCUGAAAGAGCAGAAGGGCCAGAGUAUGUUCGUGGAGAACAAGGCGUUUUCCAUGGACGAGCCAGCCUCAGCCAAGAGACCGGUGUCACCAUACAGUGGGUACAACGGGCAGCUGCUGACCAGUGUGUACCAGCCCACGGAGAUGGCCCUGAUGCACAAAGGCCCGUCCGAAGGAGCUUACGACGUCAUCCUCCCACGGGCCACCGCCAACAGCCAGGUGAUGGGCAGUGCCAACUCAACCCUGCGGGCUGAGGACAUGUAUGCGGCCCAGAGCCACCAGGCGGCCACACAACCAAAAGAUGACAAGAACUCUCAGGCUCAAUCCCCACAAAAUAAAACGAGAUGGUAGACGCCCUGUUCCCUGGACUGCACAUCGUCCUGAUGUCCUCAUUCCUGUGUCCAGGCUGGGCAGAUCCCAGCACCUUUCCCGCCCUUGUCAUUGGAGCUGGGAGGGCCCGGAGGCCACCGACCUGGAGCAGUGGACUGAGGGGGGAUGGCUGGGGCUCUAGGACCACCCCUCUUCCUGCCCUGCCUAGCUUUUCCUGGUCCCCAAGUGACUGAGGCCACCAGGAGCUGUCUGCAUACAAGCCUGCCUCCAUCCCCCUCGUGACACCCUCCCCCAUAUCACAGCCCCGGUGUCCUCAUGCUGUGGGUCUCCAGAUGGCCAUCCUCAGAUGCUCCUGUCGUCACACCAUGGGCCUUCCUGGCCAUGUUUUGGUGUCCACCAUCAGCUUGCCCCGCUCUGUGCCUAGGUGAAUCCAGGUGAACUCCUCCGUGAGUUUUUGGAGCCACACCGUGGCGGGAGUUAGCCCCGGGCCUUCUGCCACCACCUGGACUGUGGAAGGCCACUGAACUGGGGCAGAGCUCAUUCGAGGCCUGGACAGACACCACUCCUCUUCAUGGCCUGCGGGUCUGGGAUCUGAGCCCCUGUGGUGCUUCACUCCAUGCCCCAUGACCCCCCAUGCCUUCCCCACCUUCGAUGAACUGGGUUCCAUCAAGAUACAAGAUGGGGGUUGGGCUGCAUUCUCAGGGACCAGUUGGGCAUCUUGGACCACGUGGACUAGAGUCUAGGCCUCUUCCUGGACAGACCUGUGGGACUUAGGAAGGCCCCUUAGGUAAGUGGCGUCCAGGACUGAACAUUGUACCUUUCCGGAUGGGCAGAUAUGUAGGUUUCUACCUCACCGUGGGCACCUCAAUGUGCUGGCGCUGCUCUGCUCACCCAGGACAUGCUCCAGAGGGUCCUGACGGCCACCAGGGAAGUGAGGGACAUCCGUUGGACCUGAAUGUUGCUGGCACCAAGGACAGAGAUGUGCACAGCUCCAGACCCGGGAACAUCUCUAGAUUGUCUCCCUGGCUUUGCCCUGCCAUCUGGUACCAGACACAGCAGGUUUUUCUGGGGUGGGGGCCUCCCCAGGUGUGCCCCUGGAGCUCAGGUCUCAGCCCAGCAUCACCAUCGCCUCUGGGUGCCAAGAUGAGGGUGAGGACGAGCAGCGGAGGUGGGCUGGGUUGUGCCCAACUUCACCCUAGGCUCAGUCCCAGCUCCAGUGCCACCCUCCUGCCCCCAGCAGCCUGUGCCUUUGUCACUGGAGUAUUUCUCUAGAGCUAGAUGGGUGAACAGGCCCUGUUGCAAGUAAGGCUGUAUACCCACGUGUGACAGUCUCCCCGUUUGCUAUCCGUUGUGCAGGGUCACUCAGUUCCAAGAAUGGAGUGUAACUUCCCUCUGAUAGAAGGGAAGGGGGGAGCUCUGUGCACCUCAGACGUCUCUUGAUCUAGGCUAGUGGCCCUAAGAUCCCUUACGGUGAAUAAAGGCACUAUUUUGCUUUUCGA